AUGGGUCUUCUUGAAAAGCUAAUUCAUUCGAUUACAAGCAAAUCAGUUAAGACAAGGGAAGUGAGUUUGCACUGUAUUUUUGAUAUUGUUGAGGUUGGAAACAAAACCUCCCUUGAAUGGAUGUUUUCUUUGCAAGUGGUUGAGAAGCUUGUGAAUAUUGAAAAGGCUGCUGGGGGCUCUGGUGAAACUAUGGUUGCAUUUCUUAAGGGGAUAGAUAAAUGCAAGCAUAUCUCAACUGCUGAGCGUAGGGUAAUGAAGCAGCAAGUGGUUAGGAAGAGGGCUCAAAAGGCUCUAGUAGUAGUGGUAGACACCGGAAACCGUAGCUUGGUUGCUUGA